CUAACAUGUUUGGCCUCACCUGAUCUGCUGGCCACGCCCGCCAUGGAGCCCGACCGGACCAUGCGCCUGGAAACCUUGGCGCUCCGCGCGCGGCGGCUGCGGGCCUUGCUGGGACGUGAUGGAGGGCCGCAGGUGGCGGCCGAGCCGGCGGAGCCGGCGGAGCCGGUGGCGGAAGUCACCCGGGUGGGACUGUGUCGAGACGUGCCGCGGGCGUGUCCGUGUCCGUUGCGACCCCCUGUGGCGUGUCCGGAGCUGAAGGAGGUCCGCUUGGAACAGCUCGAAUUGGCGCCCAGCUUGGUCCAGAGCUUGCAUGGCCGACGGCUCGUGCUGCGACUGGUGCCAUGGACCGGGCACACCGAGGACGUGGAGGUCGCGGAGAAUGGACGACUGCUGGGUGCUGCUGGGGCUUGUCGAGGUUCCGAGGGUGUUCUAUGGCACCAUAUAUAUGGGACUGGACCAUGGGUGUGUAUUUAAGACAGGGAGACACUCCCCCAAGAAAAGAAACUGGAAGGAAACGAUGGGAAAUCCAAUGGAAAGACGUA